UCAUUAAAUCUGUAAACCAGAGUAACAUCAAACCAUGUCUAAUGGUUCCUAAUUCUAUUUUCUUCGGCCUAUAUGGAAAUCUAAACAUGUGCAGAUUUAUUGUCUGAAGUUAUUUUUUAAUCAUUGGUAGUAGCGCAAUUAAUUUGGAUGGGUUUCUGGAACACAAAGUUUAAAAUUGCCGACGAGGUUUGCUCAAGGAUUCUUCUCAGAAAGGAGCCUACGUCAGGGUUUUAUACUUGGGCACUCAAAUAUAUCACUUCAUUUGUUGCGGACCUUCGAUCUAUCACAGGCGCUGAACACGAUCAUUCGACCGUUUCAGAGUGUCCAAAAGGCUGGGUUUCGCGUGGAAAGUCAUGUUACCUCGUGAUCGACGUUCGAGUCUUGAAGUGGAGUGAGGCGCGAAGAACAUGCCAGAAUUUGGGAGGAGACCUUGCCGUCAUCAAAUCUGCCAAUGAAAAUAAAUUCAUCUUUGACUUAGUGAAAAAGCAGAAGACAGUCACACCCUAUGGCGUAUGGCUUGGCCUCUACAGGAAGGCAGACAACAAGUUCUACUGGGUAGACGGCACUCCAGAGGCAGGGCAGUAUUCUGCUUGGGCAAAAGGGGAACCAAACUCUUUUUCCGAAAAGUGUGCGCACAUGUAUGGAGCCACGAGCCGCCAGGGAACUUGGAAUGACACAGAAUGUAACAAGUCGUAUUCAAGCGGUAAUCCAGUAGUUCUUUGCCAGAAAAAGGCCAACUGAGGUAGCUGCCAAUACCUUUGUCAUUGAUUUUUAUUAGUGCAGUCAAUCGUUGCAAGAUUCCAUUAGAGAUACAGAUAACAUGACGUAUUGCCUGUUAAACCUUUGAUCCUGUUGAGAAUAAACUUGGUGAUGGGUGAAAGCUGA